UCGUUUCCUUUGAGAUUGAGUCAUUUCACAAAUCUUUCCAUCACUAAAUGACAGGACAGGCCUCCACCUAUCCUCCAAAUUGCAUCUUUUCUCGAGGGACUUGACAGCUGCGGUCUUCCUCACAAGACACUUUGCCCACACAGCACACUUAUGGGCUCCAGCAUAAGAUGUAUAGCAAAGUGGAGGAAAAGGCAUCUGCAAGCCCCAAAGACUCUCCUCAUUUUAUUCCUGACCAUCAGCUUUAUCUACAGUUGGUUGCCGGUGGAUGAUAAACAACAACAUCUGAAUGGCAGCAAUGCAUCACUCCCAAAUAAUAUCACCAUCCUGUUAUGGCACUGGCCGUAUGGCACCCGGUACAGCCUUGCGGGGGACGUGUGUCUGAGAGACUACGGCAUCUCUGGAUGUGUGCUAGUGGACAAUCGCACUCUCUAUGAGAGCGCCGAUCUAGUGGUCUUUCAUCACUUUGAGCUGAAGCGGCAUAGACAGCACCUUCCAGUGCAUCUCCAUCGGCCCGGCAAACAGAGGUGGGUAUGGCUUUCUUUAGAAGCGCCACAAAACAACGGCAACUUAUUACCAUACAACAACCUUUUCAACCUCACCAUGACAUAUAACUCCCAUGCCGACAUCACUGUGCCCUAUGGAAAGCUGUUACAGAGAAAGAAACCAGGUCUAGACUUUGUUAUCCCAAAAAACAAGAGUUAUGAAGCCUGUUGGGUGGUUAGCAACUACCAAAAAUGGCACAAGAGGAGCGGAGUGUUCCAGGAGCUAAAGAAGAACCUCAAUGUGCAAUUGUAUGGCCUUUUCACCAGAAAACCUCUACCAAAGGAGGCACUGCUUCCAACGAUUUCACACUGUUAUUUCUACCUAGCCUUUGAAAACACACAGUCUCCACAGUAUAUCACAGAGAAGCUCUGGAGAAACGCUUUCCAGGCUGGGGCCGUGCCUGUGGUGCUAGGACCCUCACGCAGAGACUAUGAAGCCGUGGCACCUCCGAAUUCCUUCAUCCAUGUGGAUGAUUUUAAAUCUAUAAAGGCCCUGGCUGAGUAUUUGAAAGGCCUAACUAAAGAUCCAGAGAAGUAUAAUGCAUAUUUUACCUGGAGACGAGAUUAUAUGGUCAAAUUAUAUACAGACUGGAGAGAACGAUUGUGCAAUAUUUGUCCCAUCUACAAACAAUUUCCAACUCAAAAGGUUUAUGAGGAUCUGAGAGCAUGGGCAAAAUGGUAGAUGACAUUUUAAGGGGCCGUUCACACAGAACCAAUUUUUGCAAAAAAAAAAAAAAAAGACUAAAAAAAAAAAAAGACUCAGUCUGAAGACUUUAUCUAAAAGUGGAAUUUCUUUCAGCUUGAGAUCUGGUUUUAGAAUACUGUGUCAUUCGCAAAAUGCUGCAAAAGAUGAAAGACAAAAGUGCAAUGUUCAACCAUGUUUGUCUAGUGCGUGCAUUGAAAAACUAUUGAAAACAUUCAGAAUUCAGAAGUACAAGGUCUAGGUUUUUUUUUUAAGUAAACUUUUAACUUAACUGUUGUAUUUUUGGAACACUGUAGUGUAUGUAAUGCUUCAAAAGUUGCAAGAUGCAAGCAUGGUUAAAAGGUCAAAGAUGUCCAUCUAGAGCAUGUUUACAUGGUGGGGGGAUAUUUUUUAAAGGCAAUGCAGUGGAGAAAAAAAAAAAAAAAAACAAGAAACAGGGUAGUGCAAUGGGCGGAAAAAAACGUGAAGGGGAACUUUUAUCUUGAGCCCUGCGUUUUUAGAACAUGUCGUUGGUGAGAUGCUGCAGAAGAUGCGAGACAAACAGUCAAAGAUGUCUAUUAGCGCAUGACAGAAAUAGAAUAGAAAAGCAGCAAAGCAAAAAUGCACAAAAAAAAAAAAAAAAAAAAAAACAACAGGGUAGUGGAAUGAAAAAAUGCAAGGUCUAGACUAUUUGAAAGCGGCAUUUUUAGAAAGAUGUCUUAUGCAAAAUGCAAAGAAGUCCAUCUAGCAUGUUUAAAUAGAAAAUCUGUGGAAAAACAAUGCAGCGGAAUGCAAACGCGUGAGUCACAAGAGGAAAAAGCGAAGUGUCAAAAGACCAUUUUUAGAACACAGUGCAGUAGAAUGUGAAAACGUAGCCCCAAAGGGGCCAUUCACACAGAAUGCUUUUUAAGUUUAAAAACAGGAGGGAGCAGUCUAAAUACAUGCUUUUUUAAGAGUUGAACUUUUUAACUUGCGGCUCAUUUAUAGUCGUGCGAAAUGCUGAAUAAAACAUGAGCACAAUGGGCAAAUGUUUCCAUCUAGCACACGCUUACAUAGAAAAACAAUGGGAAAGCAGUGCAGCGAAAGGCAAAAAUGUUCCUUGUGAAUAGCCACUAAGCACUUUACAUGUUACAUGAUUCAGUAUUUUAUUUGAAUUCAUGCUAACAGCAUCAGCAGCACCAUUUAUGUAUAAUUAAGCACUGAGCAUUGGUGUGCACCUGUGCAAGCAUAAGAACACAGAAAAGUUAUAUUGCUAUCUAUGCUGCUGGGGCCAUGAUGCCAAACUGAAACCACAAUGUGCAAACCUUGCUUCCUCUCCUGUCAACAUGCUUAUAUAUAUCCUGUGUAUAGAUUCUGGUUCUGUGUUGGAUUGCCAGUUGAUAUACAAUAAAACAUUUGGACCCUGAAAUAUUGUUUUAAACCAAGAUACUUCAUCUGUAAAACAAGUGUUAAGAGCAACAGGUUAAUUUAGUCCCAAAAACAAACAAGAAGUGACUGUCAGUGGAAAUGGUUUAAUUGCUACCCAAUGAUAUUGUAUUUGUUGAGCAGAGUUUCAAUAAAUUAUCAAAUGUG